GGAAGGCCACAGGCACAGGAGGCCACUGCCUCAUCCAUUAGCCACUUUCCAAAAGGGGGGGGGAUUCAAAUUAGGCUGCUCGGGGAAGCUUCUAGGUCAGCAGGGGAAAGGGGGGCGGGGGGGCAAGUGAAAGAGAGAAACAGCAAUUGAAACAAAAGCUUUGACAAGGCUGCAGUGGGGAAAAUCCAAAGUGAGAGAAGGAGGAUGGCGUGAGAGGAUCCACGCGGGGAAGUACCAAAGCAAGGAAUACUAUAUAGGGAUGUCAGCAGCAGGGAGCUGAAGAGGAAGGAAAGAGAGAAGAGCACGCAGCAACGCACUCGCAGGGGGAAAGUUUGCCUUUCACAGACUGACACAAGAAAGGCCCGUCUGUCCGUGUGGCUGCGUGGAGCCAUGUGAGGGAUUGCUGUCAACCAGAGAAAUGGAGAAGUGUCCAUUUUGGGAAUAAUAAAAGGAUGUCACUGCCAGUUUUGCUCUUGCUAUCACUCUUGACUGUCCAAUGUGGUGGAUGUGACCAGGACGUGGUGAAGACCGUAAAGACGGCUAUUGACGCGAACCCGACCGGAUUUCGGACCGUGUUUCCCAAAGAUUACUAUGUGUCGCACUACUACACAAAAAGCAUGCUGUGUGACACUGAUCCGUGUUGUGUGUUCCCUGCUGCAAUAGUCCUUCUAGAGUCCUGGAAUGUCCUUUUGAAAAACCUCUGGGAUGAGCACCUAAAUCAAUCAUUGAUCUUCGACCUAAAGCAGACACUGGAUAUAAUCAUCAGCAAGAAUAAAAACACAGAGCGAUUGCAAGAGGAGAUGGACCUAUCCCAGUUUUCCCCACUCUUCUCCUCUCCCGAGGAGCUCCUCAAGCUAACUUCGGAGUUGUUCACCCGCUGGCUAGAGGUGGGAUGCUCACCAUCCAUGGAAAUCUGCGAGCUCCCCACUCUGCCGCCCCCGGCUGAGAAGAAAGACAAGGAGUACAGUCCGUCCAGGGUGCGACUCCUGACCACUCGGGCCAUCAGCAGCAGAAUGGAGGAGGCCGAGCUAGCCCGCUUGAGAGACGUUACCCAAUCACCGACCAGCCGUGGUACGACCUCCUUCCCUGUGCAUCCUGCCUCAGCGUGGAGCCUCCUUCUAUUCAGACUUUACUGGUGGUUGUUGCCAUAGGAACCUAAAAGGAUCUUUUUGGGGACGAUGCACACAAAAUGCAAGACAUUUCCUGGCACUGAAUGAUUGUUUCCUUUCUAUUUCUGUUGUUGUGAUGCAGUAUGCUGGCGUUACGAUAUGAAGUGACAUGCGCAGGUUGCAUUUUUUUUUUAAACGUCCAAAGUUGUCACUGUUUCGACAGCGCAAAUGCAGUGUGAACCAGCGAAGGACUGAGAAUUUGGUACUCGGGCUUUCAGUGGGGAUUUAAUCCACUUCGUUGUUCAGUAACUAACAGGUCUCAUGUUAUCGGAACUAUUAAUACGAUACAGAAAAAAUAUAUAACAGUACAGAACCGUAUAAGGGGUGUAAGACACCAAUGUCAUGACAAUACAAAUCGAUUAUUUGGAAUGUAUAAUUUUUUGCCAAUAUCAAAUAGUCCAUAAGGAUUCGAUACAAGUCAAGGGCCUUUGAUCGAUUUAGCACGAAAUUAUAUACUCAUUUAACACAAUCAGUUACAUUUCAUUUACAGGGAUAAAAAUAUAAAGCCAAUUUUUAGACAGUUUUGUUACUUAAACAUUUCCGACAUUUUGAUGUAAAUCAUUCUUUUUAACAAAACCGCAUGUCUAAAAGAUGACUAUCUAGAUAAUUUUGCGUUUCCAUCCAUUUGAUUGAUCGUUACUUAUAGCAACACUAGGUAACUUUUCAACCUUUAUAAAAUAUUUUCAGAACAUGUGUGAUCACACCUCUUUAUUAGCUAAUUCACUUUGAGGAGGGUAGCAGGAACCCUGCCACACAAAAAAAAAACUACAAAUGUGCUGCCUGCUUUACGACAUACGUCACUUCCCCCUUCCCCCAUUCAUUAUAAAGACAGAUUUCAAUCCAUGCGAAUGCAUUUGCGCGAAUUCUGCAAAGACAGCAGAGCAACAAAAGAGAUUUAAAAAAAUUUUCGGAGGAGACAUAAAGAAAAAGGGAGGCUACCAAGAUAAAACGACACUCAAUAAUUAAAAAAAAAAAAAAAGGGGGAAUACGGUACAAAAUCAAACAUUUCUUAUUUUCAACUUUGUCAUAUGCUAUUGUUUAGCCACAACUGUAUUCAUUGCCUCAUUACUAUUCAUCCUUCACACAGCCGUUUGAAACAGAAAUGUCGUUCAAUCCAUAAGCAGACGACCGGGGGUCAGGAUUCUACACCACUGUGCGCUGGUCCUCACGGUAAACGCAGUCUUCCUUAAGGCAAAACACUACCGCUUUUUUCCACCUACGUCGCUAAAAUCGACCAAAACUGAAAAGUUACUUAUUGUUGCUUUAACCUAUCGAUAUAUUGAUCCAAAUCGAUGUACUGUUUCACCCCUGAAAUGAACCAAGCAAGUUGAGAAUCAUCACUUAUCAAAUAAGAUAAACAAAAUUGAGUACAAAAUACUCACUAUAAAUUAGUGUUGUUCCGUUACAAUUUUUGGGUCUCAAUGCAGACAUACAGCUGUGUGUUUUUGGCUAAAGCCGAUACCAAACCAAUACCUACACCGUUAGAAAAAAUGUACAAAAUUUUUUUUAACUGGUCUGUUUACUGUCCAUUACGUCAGAAAUUCUACCCAAAGUCAGCAGAAGUCUUCUUCUUUGGUUUUAUGACAGUUGGAAACAAAAUCUGAAAAAGUACAUAUAGCAUCGACAUGUUAUUUGUUAGUACUCGGCGAUAUCAGUGCCAACAUUUUAUCGGGGCUCCUACCGAUACAAGUAUCGGUGCAACACUACAAAAAUACAUAUUAUUUAUGGUAAUAAAUUGUAAAAAAUAAUGCAUGCAAAUUGCCAGAGAUUUUGGGCUAGUUGAAGAUAUCUGAAAAGAAGUUUUACUACUAUCAACCAGUCGUAAUGCAAAAGUGCUGAAUUUGGAUUCCAAGAAACAGCGUAAUUAAAAUUAUUAGGUUACAAGCGCCAGCACUACUGAUUUUGAAGGUCUAAGGCAGAUUAGACUGACAUAGCAACAAAUGAAAAUCGAACGUACAUAAUUGCCAGCGUUAGGUAGAAAUCUCUUCUUUGGAAACUCGAUUGGUCGAUAUUUUGUAAAAACUAAACAACCACGUGAGGAACGACCAAUAGAAUCAAUUUGUCAAAAAUCAAGAACUUAAGCAAAUUUUGACAUAGGAGGUUUCAGCCAGCUGCUAACAUUAACAUGUUAGGAAUUAACUGAAUGCAAUUUCUUGGAACAAAUAUUAGAAUUUAGGUUGUAAAUGUUAAUCAAUGCUUCUGAUAGUGUUUAUGCUCACCACUGGUACAAAUCCACCUUACAUAUAAGCAUAGUACAAUUACAGUACUUAGAACAUACUGCCAAGCUCCAGCUAGCUAAGCUCUUUGUGCUAACAAGAGAUACAAGCUGACAUGCAAGCCAAUGCACAAUAAGCCUUCGCGUGUGUUUAAUGUGGAAUUUGUCACAUUUGUUUACAAUUACUGUAAGAUAUGACGUCUAUAGACUUUUACUUUUGUAUAAAAAAUGUGAAUUAAAGCCAUUUAGAUUUAUAUGUGUAGCGGUUAUUAAGGAAGAGUGGACUCUCUAAAAAUGUAUCACGUUCAGUCAGUAGGAUUGAGUUCCCUUUUUUGGUUGUGAUCCACUUUUAGGACAUUCGACUUUUAGAGGCUCUACUCUACUGAACUCUCCUUGUUCAUUGUUCUGUCUGUAAACAGGCUUGCACAAAAAACUACAGGGCCAGAAUGUGCUUCUAGUUCCAGUGGCUUGUUUCAGUGAUUCAUUCAGUUUGUUUGUUCAAUCCCGAAAUUGAAGAGGGUUGUUAAUGAUUUGUCAUGCCAGCUUCCAGAACACAAAGUCCGCUUCUAUUCAUGCUUAAAAAAAAAAAUCAUUCCAAGACAAGAAUACUUUUACAGCUCUUUUUUUGUAACUCUGGGAGAAAUCAAAUAAAACUGCCAAAAAAAUAA